AUGCCAAAUUCCAUAUUAAAAUUGAAAUUAGUCGCAGGAAAUGGAAUUAUUAAUCAGAAAUUUGUUUUCCGUUUCGUUUCGAGUGAAAGUGACGGCGGAAAGCUUUCGCCGAGGGCGCGCAAGCGUCGGCGGCUCGCCGGCGCACUCGCGUUCCACCCCGGUGGGAGGUUGCUCCGUGCCUCUGCUGCUGCGAACCAUGCUCGCGAUUGGUGUUUCGAAUCGGAUCCUCAAGGUCCGCCUGUGCGUCUGUUUCCUCAAGCGGCCGUGCGUUGA